AUGGUGAAGGUAGUGUUCUUAGGCCCUAAAGGGACUUAUAGUCAUCAGGCAGCGGGACAGCAGUUCCCAUCUGCCAAUGAUGAGUUGGUUCCCGCCGACUCUAUUAUGCAGUGUUUUGACACUUUGCUUCGAGAUGAGUCAGUUGGCUACGCGGUGAUUCCAUUAGAGAAUUCUACGAACGGGCAGGUGGUCUUCACCUAUGAUUUGCUUCGAGAUUACAUGUUAAAGGCGUUACAUCAACCUCAAGGUGCAGUGGGUACUCAAUUUUCUGUUGUCGCUGAACAAUUUGUGCUCAUUGAGCACUGUCUGAUUAGCCCUGUCCCUCGUACAACGGAGGAAAUACUGAAAGAAGCACCAAGAAAGAUAUACUCCCAUCCACAGGUUUGGGGACAAAUAGAUAUUUAUACUAAGAGGUUAUUCGACAAGUUGGGGUAUGCUGUAGAAUUGUGUAACACGUUAUCUACCUCAAUUGCUGUUGAGGAGUGCAUACAGGACUAUAAGGAGAAGGGUGAGCUGUCACUCGCUGUUGCUGGCAGCAGGGCCGCAACAACUUACAAUGCACAUAUUGUGGAGCCGAGAAUUAACAACGAACCGAGGAAUACCACAAGGUUUUUGGUUUUACAGCGUAAGAGCGAAUCUUCAAAUAUCUUACCCUGUACGAACCCAACUCCAACCGAAACACAGGUAACUUUGAUAUCCUUCACCGUGAAAUAUGACGCUCCAGGUGCACUGGUCGAUAUUUUGGUUAUUUUCAAAGAGUUAGAUAUCAACAUAUGUUCUAUAUCUUCCAGACCAUUCAGAAAUCCUCAGGAUGAACAUCACUGGCAGUACAUCUUCUUUCUGGAAUUCCAAAGUAAACCAGCCAUUCGGUUGGAAGAGCUAUUCACGUCUCUUAUAGCCCGGUGCGACCUAUUGGCCAAUUGGGGAACAUUCUACCGCAACAAUAAAUACUAUUCUUGA